AUGGCCAAAGUGCUUCUCUUUACUCCAACCGCCUGCAACAAAGGUAAUGGGAAAAAACAGUCACUUGUACCGGUAGGGGCAAAUCCUCUCAUUGCUGACGAUGAGGGCCGGUUUCCCCUUCACAUUGCCGCAUGGCAGGGUAACUUAGCUCUGGUCUAUCUCCUUCUUCAGGUUGGGACCCCAGUGGAUGUGCGAGACAAGGAGAAUAGGACACCUCUACAUUCAGCAGCUUGGCAGAACCACGCGAAAACUUGUAACACCCUUAUCGAAUUGGGCGCCAAUAUUAACGCGGUUUGCAGUCAAGGCGCCUCAGCAUUGUGCAUUGCAGCGCAAGAAGGACAUAGUGACGUCUGCGAGGUCCUCCUUCAGAGAGGAGCUGACGCACUUCAAGCGGAUGCCUACGGUCGCACACCCUACAAAGUGGCCAUGAAAGCAGGCCACGGAGAGAUUUGUGCCCUUCUGGAGCGCUACGGUGCAGUUCCUCCGCCCUCCACCUCUCUACGAUUUCGUCAUCGUUGGAAACAGAUGGCGCCUACUAGCGCUAUUCAAUUCUCUCAACAGCACCAACAGCAUCGACAGUACCGGCAGCUGCAUCAUAGUCAACAGCCUCAGACACGACAGGUGACAGUAUUAGAGCAGGAAAAGGUCGAUGUCAAUGCGGCGGAUUCAGUGAUUCCCGGUGCCUGUGGCUUCGAGGGACAUAUAAAGAUGGGAAGAACGGUGAUUACCAGUGGACCAACAUUGCUACAGCAACAACAACAAAAUGAUAUGACAACAGGAGCCUAUGCUAGACCUUCAAUCGCGCUAAUAAAUGCUGUUCCUGCACCACCUCCGCACUUGAGAUCGUGUCGACAACAACAUCAACAACAGCCAUACGUUCAAAUGCCCCAACAACAGCAACUAUCAGAAUGGUCCUCUACUCCCAUGACCUUUGAUCCUAGUCAAUGGCAAUCUCUAUUUCCACAGGGGCUCCAAAUUUCACCCACUCCCGUAUGGUGUCCCACGCCACAGACGACGCAACCCAUCUAUACUCCAUCAAUGUUAUUCGCCACCCAACCGACGACCUUCGAUCGGAACCAAUCACAGCAGCCGGUCUAUCAACCGGCCUAUGUGCUCUCACCACAGGGCAUUUUAGUGCCGGCUCAAGCACCCUACUUUGUUCCAGUGAUGCAGCAUUCGCAGUUUCAGCUAAAUGUAUCGCAAUUUCAGAGUGAAAUUCCACCACCAGAAGUGCUAGCAACCCCGUCUUGUGCGGCAACUACCACAAAAGCCUCCUCUACGGUGGAAAACACACCAACAGCAACCAUUCAUUCCCAAAGACCUUCAAAUUUUUAUACAGUCGAAGAGGUUGGAUCAGUACCGCACCAGAACAUGGAGGCGCCGGCGAAUCUCACCUUCUCUGGUGGUCCAAUUGCUUCACCAGUUGUGAGCGAAUCGGCUGCAAUGUCAUACCACUACAGUGCUGCAACGCAAAUACUUAAAGAGGACAUUCAGAAGCCCUCUUCAGACCGCCCUACUAUUCAACUGAUAGUAAACACUAAAUUAGGCGAAGAUGUAAUUAAUUUAAACGAGGUAACUGACUCGGAGUAUGAAUCAUCGGUAUGGGUGAGCAGGCGGCAGGUGACAGUGAUGGCGGAGGCAGCGGUUGAACGUGGAAGUAAAAUUAAGAAAGGUACAAAAAGUAGACAGUCAACAUCUCCGGAGCGCCAACAUCAUGGAUCCAGAGUCAAGGCGGCGAUCCAGGGAGCAUGGAAGGGAGUAAGGAGGAAGAAGACCACAUCAACACCAGGAAGUCCAGGCGUCUCGACGGUUCCUGUAAAAGACAGGAAGAUGGAGAAAUCGCAGGUUCAACAACUGCAGCAACAGGAGUCACGGACGCAUGCCGAGACUCAUAUUUGA